AUGAAAUAAUAAAUACAGCGCCCGCUUAUUUCUCCAUACGAUACCAUUUGUAUAUGCAUGUACCUCGUCUGUAAAUGAAAUACAAACAUAUAUCAACCAAGGGCCAACUGGCCAGAUCAGACCAGACCAGACCGGACCAUACCAGACCAGACCGGACCAUACCAGACCAAACGAGGCCAGGCUAGUAUCUGUCAAGAAACAGCCGGGGGCAGGCAACCACGCUCAGGGAUGACUCUACAGCAUGGCCCCAUGUCGAUGUCGUCGUCUGCUCUCCCUCUGUCGAUGUCCUGUCUUGCAGUCUAUUGAAGCUAGUAAUGUGUUCUACUGAGCUCACACACACACGCCCAUCUAUUCUAUCUUCACCUUUCCUCUUCCCUUCCCCGCUGCUUUCACCCAUCCCCUGUCCUCCCCCUCGUCCUUCCUUCUUCGUCCCUGUACUCUAUGUUCGACGCUGCCCGAUCGAUCUCGACCAUGUCCAUGGAAGCAUGAGAGGAGGGAUGGACGGAGAUUCGUCUUUACAUUUCUCCGGUGGCAAAGCGCUGGAUUCAACGGCAGCUCGAUGCGUCUUAAGGGUAUUGCAGCAAUUGGGGUUGUUUCACUUUCAUUUCCCCUGGUUCGAUCGCACAAAUCACAUUAUUAUUGUAAUUUCUGAUAUCGAGUCGUUAAUUGUACCUUUGGACAGCCGCUGUCUCCUCUGUUCGGAACCAUGCAAAAGAGCAAGGAAAGAAAACGCCAUUUUCGGCAACCAAUUCUUUGUCAUCAUUUCCAAUGUAUUCUUGAAACUGUCUGUGUACCACUUUGUAUCAUUCAAAGUCUACAUUGCAGCUAGGCAGAGGUAUAUGUUGUCUUUGAUGACUUCCUUGCUUCAGCGGUCCCACAACAACAACAACAACCCCUUCGCUUGUCCAUGAACAUUCUAUUCACAAAAGAAUUGAUCGACGCAGCAUCUUCCCUUAUCCAAUCGAAAAUAGUUUAUUAAGCCUCAUAGAUAGCUCUCACGAGGAAAAACCAAUAUGCGCUGGCUCUUCAUC